AUGAGAAUAUUGGCUUCUUAUCUUAAUUUAGAUUUUGACUAUUUUAGUGCCCCUUCCAAAUAUGACAAUAAGGUUUUUCGAAAAUAUGGUUACGGUGGAUUAUCUCCUGGUAGAAGGGCUUGUUUUCUCGGUCAUUAUAUGAUUUAUAAAUCAAUAAUUGAUGAAGGCUUCCAUAGUGCUUUAAUUCUAGAAGAUGACGUUGAUUUUGAAACUGAUAUCACUGAAAUUAUGACAGAGAUUCAUCGUAAUUUACCCGCUUAUUGGGAUACUUUGUUUAUUGGUCAUUGUUAUGAAUAUAAAGGUAAACUUGUCGAUAAUAGUUCUUUUGCCAAUAGACUAUAUGAAUCAAGGACGCCGCAUUGUACACAUGCUUAUGCUGUUUCAUAUUGGGGUGCCCGCAAGUUGGUGGAAAAACUUGAUCCUAUGAUACCACAUGAUGCAAUUGAUUUAGCUCUUCUCGAAAUAGUUACGAAUAAAGAGAUUACUUCAUAUAGCGUUCAUCCAACGCCUAUUAUACAAUGGAAUGAUGGAAAUAAUCCAUCUGAUAUUCCUGAAUCACAGUACACCUAUUUUAGUUUAAAAAAUUCUACCUUAUUUUUCCUUGGGUAUUAA